UAAAGGUUUGUGGAAAAGUCACGCAUUUGACGGGUCACGAUAAAACAUUUUGGAUUUGGGGUAAAACGAAAUGUCACAUGCACUGUGUGACUGUGGUUAUUAAGUAAAUUAGUGUAUUUAAUCUAAAAACGAUUAUACACUGUAAACUGAUUUUCUGUGCCUGCGCCGCCACUCAAAUGACGUUUUAUUUUUGACGUACGACGUAAGUUUCGUUUCUGUUAAAAGGAAAGUCAUCUCUUUUGGGUUCCCAGCGAAAACAAGCAGACGAAUCCGACGUCUUAUAUCAAGAUCAUUAUGAGCACCGUGACAUCCAGCUUGAAUACAUGGCAGAAGAAGAAGCUCUGCUCCUUGUUCAACCAUGCCAGUCUCAGCUUGCUGUUCAAAGCCAGUGUGCAUGGCUACAAUGCCAAUACAUUUCACCAAAAAUGUAAUAUGCAGGGACCAACUGUUAUUGUAGCUUACAAUAAGUCUGGAUAUGUUUUUGGAGCUUUCACUAGCAAAAAUUAUGCACAGACAGGACAACAAAUUGUGGAUGAUAAAGCUUUUCUCUUCAGUUUUAACAGCAAAGAAAUUAAAGAAGAUCCUCUGCGUGUGGUCAGUGGGAAUCCCCAGUAUACUUUAUGUGACAAUGGUCCAAACUUUGUUUCUUUGGUAUUUCUUUACAAUAACACAUCCGCCGUCUACAGUAAUCCAGGAACAUACCAAUUCGAUCCAUUGAAGAUGCACGGGAAUGACUUACAGCUGACAGAAUGCGAGGUGUACAGAGUGGAAGAUUGUGGAGGACUCAUGGAGAAACCAUGGAGAAAUUUGCAGUGGAACUCUGAGAGGCAGGCACUCUUGAGCACCAUCUCUGGCUGGAAGCCUUCUGUUAGCUCAGUCAAACAGGCUCGGAUUCUACUGGUGGGUCCUGUUGGUGCUGGAAAAUCAAGUUUCUACAACUCCAUCAACUCUGCAUUCAGAGGCUACGUGAGCAUGCAGGCCAACACUGGCACUGCUGGCACCAGUUUGACUACUCAGUUCCGUACCUACUACAUAAGGCCAAGCAACAAUAUUACACAUGUUCCCUUCAUUCUGUGUGACACAAUGGGUCUCGAGGAUGGUGUGAACACUGGUCUUGAUGUAGAUGAUUUUGCCAGUAUUUUGAAAGGUCACAUUCAAGACAAGUAUCAGUUUAACCCAUCAAUGCCUAUACAACCAGACUCCCCUCAUUUCAAUGAAUCUCCUGGCUUGAAGGACAAGAUUCACUGUGUGGUGUAUGUGAUUGACAUCAGAGUCAAGCUCCUCCCUGACAAAAUAAUUGAGAAGUUUGUGAUUUUUCGAAAGAAAGCCAACCAGCUAGGUAUUCCUCAGCUGGUUCUGCUGACUAAGGUGGAUGAGGCCUGCCCCCUAGUGGCAAAAGACCUGAAAAAUGUCUACCAGAGCUACUAUGUCAACAAAAUGAUGCAGGAGGUGAGUUAUCAGCUUGGAGUUUCUCUGUCUGCUGUGAUCCCAGUGAAAAACUACUACCAAGAACUGGAAAUAGAUUCUCCAACUGACAUACUGCUUCUAAAUGCUGUUGUUCAGAUGCUCAGAGCCGCUGAGGGCUAUUUUGAUGAUUUUUACAAUCCAGAGGAGAGGUCGAAGUAGAAACAAUUUUCUCUGUCCGACCGAAAAGUUCUAAAUAUAUAUCAGUACACUGAAAAAAAUUUGAAACAAUUUUCUGCUUGUGAAUUUAACAAAUAAUUACAAAAAAACAGAAACACAUUGAAUUAAACAUGAAAUUUUGAAGUAAAAAUAAUAUUUUUAAUUGCAAAACAUACACAAAUAAGCUCUAAAAAAAUAUAUUUUUAUAGGGUAUAUUAAAAUUGUAUUUCUUAAUUUACACACAUGUUCACAUGUGACAAGUUUUUCUCUGUGUAUUUUGAGGUGCAUUAAUUGGGGUAUAUCUAUCUAUAUAUAUGUACUGCUUCGUAUAAAGAAUUUUCGAUUCAUGCAUUGCAACACUCUCACAUAGAGGAAAUUGUGAAAUACUUGUAUGUCAUAUGAAUUAUACAUAUUAAGAGAUAGUAAUUAAAUACAGUUUUGGUUCUUUGUUUGUAUGACUAUGCUAGAAAAAACAAAACAAAAUGCACUUCCAGCAUUUUUACUUACCAUAACAUUGCCCAAGCCUUCUGAAACAACAGCUUUCUUUGAGAAAAAUAACUAAAAUAAUGACGCUUGACAUGCAUUCAAAUAAUAAAUUUUUGUAUAUGAUUCAGUGUAAAUUUCAGUAUCGCUCAAGGAACCUUGCACCAGUUUGACUACCCAGGUAGACAGUUUUCCACCUCUGAUGUUUUAUGGAGUGAAAUGCUGUUAUACAAAGUUUCUGUAUGUACUUGAAAAUAAUUGGUAAAUG